ACGUGAGCGAACGGUAACGAUAAAAAGCGGUCAAUAGUUAUAAGAAUAACUAUGCGUGUCCUCAUUGUAGUUAUCGCAACGGGCCUCGUCGGACUUGCGAGUGCUGGAGGAUUCGGAGACGAAUAUGGCAGCUCUGGUGGAGAACUCGAGGGUGGUUACGCCGAAGACUUUGGAGGAGAGUACGGAGGAGGUGGCUAUGGCCACGGACAUCAUCAUGUCCCCAAAGUAAACUACGUCGUUAAGACUAUUCCCAAACCUGUGCCAGUGCCGCAUCCAGUACCUGCGCCUUACGUGGUUCCUGUAAAAAAACCGGUGCCUGUGUACAAGCCGGUUCCUGUGCCUAAGCCUUAUCCGGUGCCACAUGUAAUCACUCAACAUUACCCGGUUCACAAGGAGGUUCCCGUCCCAAAGGAAGUGCCUGUACCAGUUCCAGUUGAAGUCAAGAAACCCUACCCGGUCCAUCACGUCGUUAAGGUACCCAAGCCGUACGUUGUACACGUGCCGAAACCCUAUGUUGUAGAAAAACCCUACCACGUGCCUCUCCCAGUUAAGAUACCCAAACCGUACGUUGUUCCUGUUCACAAGCCUUAUCCAGUACCCGUGAAGAAGCCCUAUCCUGUUGAAAUUCCCGUAGUCAAGGAGAUUCCUAUCCCUAUCAAGAAACCCGUGCCGAUUCACAUCCAUAGCCACGGUCACCAUGGAUGGCACAAGGCCUAGGAAGCUAGGAAAGGAAAACUACUUUGUAUAUAGCUAUAAAAUGUGUAGAUAAAAUGUGACGUUGUACUACAGAAACAGUCGUAUUUGUUUUUUUAGGGAAGAACAUUUGGCUGGAUUUGGCAUCGAGAAGUAGAUCAAGACGACGUCCUUUAUUAUUUUCAAGAGCUAAAGCUGCAUUUAUUUGUAGGUAAAAAAAAUAGCUACUACUGCCUCAACGUACAGAAUCUAGUACUCAAACAUUUAAUAGCUAUCAGGCUUUUGCUACUAGUUUAUAAGUUAGCAUCUACGGGCCAACGCAGAGAAGGAUUCCUUUAAAUGAUUGUUAGAUUCACAUCUGAAAUCGUGAACUCCCGAUUGAUGAAAAAGAUAUGGACAUCGCACCGGCUCUACCACUGAGCGUACAAUUAAAGUAAAUUAAAUCCUUUUCGCUAUUAUUGCUUCAUUUUUUACUCAAUUAAAAGGUUCGCUGCACUAAAUCUACAUAAGAAUGGUGAAUGUCCACAAAGGCUAGCUACGUCUACGGGCAGUUUUGAAAUUGUAACUUUCGCAGUUACAAGGUUUUUAAUCAUUGACAUCAGCGCGGGGAUCGUACCCUUGUAUGUUCGCAUAAUCUGCUGGGCAUCUAUACACAUGUACAGAAUACGCAGUGAGCUGCGGAGUUUUAUAGGAUGGCUAAAGUUAUGAAACUUUAUAGUCUUCAUUAACGACUAAAGUUGUGUAAUUUUCUAACGCGUCGUUCACCUUAAAAGACAACUUAUCGUAAAAGCAGCGCACUUGAACCACCUAUUCAUUAGGUCAGACUAAAAUUCCUUUUGGCUUUGUCAUUCGCUAGAUGCUUUUUGUCACUCUAUACCAUUGAACAACUCCUCAAAACAUCUCGCGCAAAUACCACUUUCAGAAUAAUUGGCCCGAUAAGCGA